AGCCACUUCCAGGGAAGCAGCAUUGGCCUGAGAACUAGAACCUCUUUGUGGUCUCCGCAAACAAAACAAUGACAAAUAUAUGAGAGGAGAUGAGAAAGAGGAGCUCCUUUAUAGGGCAGGGAGGGGUGGGCACUUGGGUGUGACCAAGGAAAGGAGGCGUGCCUGGUUCACAGCUCUCCCGGGCCCCUGUCCAGCUCCCCUCCUCUCACAGGGGGAGUGGGGCAUCUCAGGGAUGGCCUCUUUCCCCCACAGGGGAAACAGCGUUUGUUGUCUUUGAAGCAGCGUGGGAACUGAGGCGCACAGUAGGGGAGCGAGGCAGGCAGGCUUCCUUUGCGCCCAUCCUACAGCUGGCAGGGAGGCUCCCUGACUGGUAACAAAGGCCCGAGGGUGAGUUGUGAAACCCAGCAGGAAAGCCGGCUCACCUUCGCCUCCCCUUGCGGCUGGGAGGAGAGGAAAUAUCCCAUGGCUGACUGUGCCAAGGCCGUGUCUGAGCCAGCCCUCCCGGCCUGAGGGCAGGGCAGGUAGCCCUGAGAGAUAAGCCAAUCCCAAGGCUGCAGAUGAGGAGCUCUGAGAGGCGCUGCUCAGGACAGCGGGAAGUCACUUCUCAGAGGUGCCCGGCACGCUGGGCCUGGGAGCAGGCAGCCUUCUGGGGGUGCAGGAGCCUCUGUCCUUCAGGGUGCGGUCCACUGGCUUUCCAUAUCUGCAGGAGCUGACGUGCCAGCUUCCCCCAGUACCACCCAGGGACGGGCAGCAUGAGCCGGUUGAGGCAUCUGGGCAAAAUCCGGAAGCGUCUGGAAGAUGUCAAGAGCCAGUGGGUCCGGCCAGCCAGGGCUGACUUCAGUGACAAUGAGAGCGCCCGGCUGGCCACAGACGCCCUCUUGGAUGGGGGUCCUGAAGCCUACUGUCGAGCACUCAGCCAGGAAGGUGAGGUGGACUUCCUGUCCUCAGUGGAGGCCCAGUACAUCCAGGCCCAGGCCAGGGAGCCCCCCUGCCCACCAGAACUGGGAGGGGCCGAGCCAGACCCUAAGGCACUGGACUCCAACUCCCUGCAGUCAGGCACCUACUUCCCUGUGGCCUCGGAGGGCAGCGAGCCGGCCCUACUGCACAGCUGGGCCUCGGCCGAGAAGCCCUACCUGAAGGAAAGAUCCAGCGCCACUGUGUACUUCCAGACCGACAAGCACAACAACAUCAGAGACCUCGUCCGCCGCUGCAUCACCCGGACCAGCCAGGUACUGGUCAUCCUGAUGGAUGUGUUCACGGAUGUGGAGAUCUUCUGUGACAUUCUAGAGGCAGCCAACAAGCGUGGGGUGUUCGUUUGUGUGCUCCUGGACCAGGGAGGUGUGAAGCUCUUCCAGGAAAUGUGUGACAAAGUCCAGAUCUCUGACAGUCACCUCAAGAACAUUUCCAUCCGAAGUGUGGAAGGAGAGGUGUACUGUGCCAAGUCAGGCAGGAAAUUCGCUGGCCAAAUCCGGGAGAAGUUCAUCAUCUCAGACUGGAGGUUCGCCCUGUCUGGAUCUUACAGCUUCACCUGGCUCUGCGGACACGUGCACCGGAACAUCCUCUCCAAGUUCACGGGCCAGGCGGUGGAGCUGUUUGACGAGGAGUUCCGCCACCUCUACGCCUCCUCCAAGCCCGUGAUGGGCCUGAGGUCCCCGCGGCUGGUCGCCCCCGCCCCUCCCCGAGCAGUCCCCGCCAGUGGCCGCCUCAGCAGCAGCAGCAGCAGCGGCUCCGCUAGUGACCGCACGUCCUCCAACCCCUUCAGCGGCCGCUCGGCGUCCAGCCACCCCCGCGCCCGAAGUGUGUCCGCGUCUCUAGGGCCCGGCAGCCCCGCGGUCCUGCACCAGCCUCCACCGCCCGGGUUCAAGCCCCACCACAGCCCCUGGGGGGCCCCGAGUCCCCAGGCCCACUUGUCCCCGCGGCCCCACGACGGCCUGCCCGCCGCCGUCUACAGCAACCUGGGCGCCUACAGGCCCACGCGGCUGCAGCUGGAGCAGCUGGGCCUGGUGCCGAGGCUGACCCCCGCCUGGAGGCCCUUCCUGCAGGCCUCCCCUCACUUCUGAAGGUCCCUUCCCCCGCUGCCCUCCGCAGGCCCAGGCUGGGCACUCCCGGAGGCCCGAGGACCCACCUCCACAGCAACCGGUGUUGAGCGCGCUUCCCUUUGAAAAGGCACUCAAGGCCGGGCGCUUUGGGAGGCCGAGGUGGGCGGAUCACGAGGUCAGGAGUUGGAGACCAGCCUGGCCAACAUAGUGAAACCCCGUCUCUACUAAAAAUACAAAAAUUUUGACUGAACUUCUGAUUAAAGAAAAUGAAACAAACAAAAGACAAAAAUUAGCCAAGCAUGGUGGAGUGUGCCUGUAAUCUCAGCUACUCGGGAGGCUGAGGCAGGAGAAUCGCCUGAACCCGGGAGGUGGAGGUUGCAGUGAGUCGACAUCGUGCCAUUGCACUCCAGCCUGGGCAAUAGGGAGACUCCCUCUCAAAAAAAAAAAAAAAAGAAGAAGAAGAAAAGGAAAAGGAAAAGGCACUCAAAAUCAUUGCCAUGGUCAGUGUUCCCAGGCCCAGGCCAUCCACUCGCUGACCCCCACCAGUCCUUGGGUUCCCCUCUCUAGUUUGACCUGUGCAGCACAUUCCAGAAGGUUCCAGGGAGGUUGUGGGCAGCUAGAGAACAAAAUCAUGAAAACUGAGUCCCUGUCUUCCAUCUAGGGCUUUCAUAGUAAUGGUCCCCAAAAGUCUGUAAUAGGAAGCGGCAAACGAGCCCGUUUUACAAUGGGUAAACUGAGGGACCAAGUGGUAGAUGGUAGGUUGGUACUUCUGGUUCCCAGUGCCCAGGAAUGGUUCACUCCCAAGAGAUUCAGCAAAGAAAGCCUGAAGAGAAGGUGUGGGAAUGUUCUGGAUGUUUCAGGAGAGUAGUGGAAACCUCUCCUCCUUGGAAAGGCUAAUACGAGGGUAUCCCUGAGCCGGAUGAGUUAGGGAUAAGGCCCCAGAACCCAUAUCUGUGAGUUGUACGGGGCUGUCUGAAGCUGUAGCCUCCAGGGAUAGAGCCAGCUGAGGAGUCUGGGGGUUGGGUUGUACAAGGCAGUUUAAUAGACUCAGAUUCUUGCUUCAGAGAGCCUUGGCCUGGCCUGGAGGUCCCUGGAGUCUAGGCUGGACCUGGGAGCUUGAGUUGUCAGUGGCCAGGACCCCACCACAGUGCCCAUGCCAGUCUUGAGCAGCAGGGAGGACUCAGCUGUCCCCAGAUCUAGGUGCCUCUGUCCAUCCUGGUCAUCUAAAGAAAAAUGCUGAGCCUCACAAGCCCCAUCAUUCAGUCUUUCUCAAUUCACAGUGCCCCUCUUUGUUCCUGGGAUAGUGCUAGGUCCUGAGGGCACAGCCUAGAUGAGUGCAAAGAAAUCCAGUAUGCUUAGAAAGCCUACAGGAGGGGCCACUCGCAGUGGCUCACGCCUGUAACCCCAACACUUUGGGAGGUCGAGGUGGAUGGAUUACCUGAGGUCAGGAGUUUGAGACCAGCCUGACCAAUAUGAUGAAACCUCGUCUCUAAUAAAAAUACAAAAAUUAGCUGAAUGUGGUGGCGUGCAUCUGUAGUCCCAGCUACUAAAGAGGUUGAGACAGGAGAAUAGCUUGAACCCAGGAAGCAGAGGUUGCAAUGAGCUGAGAUUGCGCCAGUGCACUCCAGCACUGGACGACCAAGCGAGACUCCAUCACACACACACAAAAAAAGAGUGAGAGAGAACAUAGAGCAGGGGUGGCUGGCGCUGUGGUGGGUGGGACAUAGAGGAAACUUCCCAGAGAAAGUGACAGUUUACCCUGCACCUCAGGUGUGACAGCGGGGUCAGUGGGAAGUGAGGGAGUCAGAGGGGAGCAGGUGGCGACUCCCAUUUCCAGGCCCUCUCCUGCCACCCACAGCUCACCUCAGCAAUGUCUUCUCCUUCCUUGAUUUUCAGCUGGGAAGCUCAGCCUGCUCUAUGGAGGGCCGAGAGCACCGUGCUCUUCCUCCUGGUGGCCUCUGACGACAGCCUGUGGCAUCCUCCCCGGUCCCCUCUGCCCAU